CCUGCUGGAUCCUGUGCCCCAAGACCUGCGGAGACCACCCCCUCACAGCCCCACCCCGAUGGAGACCCCUGGCCUGGGCUGCACAAAGAUGGGGCACACCUUGCCUAGACUGGGCCUAAUCCUGCACCCAGUGACCUGCAGAGACCCCCCCCCCAGCUGGAUCCCAGUGGAUACCCCCUGCCUCAGUUGGACCUGGAGCCCCCCUCCAACUGGACCUGGAGACCCCCUCCUACAGGUGGGGACCCCCACUCUGGCUGGGCAUGAUGGUGCACUCUGAGAACUGGAGCCUCUGGAGAUCCCCUCCCAAAAAAACCUGGGCCUUCAUGGAGACCCCCCUGCCUCAGCUGCGGGGGGAGGGAGGGGCCCCCCAGGAGUGGACCUGGUUGGAGAUGGGGGACCCACCCAGACUGGGCCUGAUCCUGCACCCCAAGAUUUGGAUCCUCUGGGAGCCUCCCUCCAAAACUGGACCCUGAUGGGGGUCCCCCUGCCUGAGCUCCUUUGAGACAGGGACCUGGUUGGAGAACCCCCCCUGGAAAGGCCUCGAACGGCCCCCCCAGACUGAGAGCUGCUGAAGACCCCUGGAGAUGGGGGGGACCCCCCAUAUGGCCUCCCCUGGACUUGCUGGAGAUCCCUAGAGACAAGUGGACCUCUGCUGCCCCUGGACUAGGCGGUACCAGCCCCCCCAGUUGGGCCCUUCCCCCCCCCACACCAUACAGGGGUCCCUGCUAGCCUCCAGCGCAGGCCCCAGCAAGGAGCACCUCAUCUGCAGAGAACCCAGGCUUGGGCUGCCCCCCCUUGGAGACCCCCCCCCAGCUUGGGCUGCAGAGAAGCAGGGCUGGGGGCAAUAAAGAGAGGAGUCAAUGUGGCUGUCUGCCUGUCUGUGGGGGGCUUGCACAGGUGUCUGGACCCCCAUUUCCCCCCCAAGGACCCAGAUGCCCUAAGCAAUCAGUUGUCUGUCUGUCCCCCCUCCCCCCAAGGACUCAGUUGUCCAGACCCCUAUCCCUGCCUAAUGACCCAUUUGUCUGCCUCCCCCCCCAGGACCCAGGUGCCCCCCCCAGCUGUCCAGCCCCGCGCCGACAACCCAGGUGUGCGGCCCCGCCGGGGGCCGGGGGCCGGGCUCACCCCCUCGCCCUUGGCCGGCGCCGCGGGGCUGUUUGCGGAUCGAUGCGGCGGCGCCGGGGCGGGCGGCACGUAGCGCCCGGGUGAGGGGACCCGGGGGGCAGCCCGCGGACGCCUGGGUUCCCGGGGGUGUGGGAGCGGAAGCCCAGACGCCUGCGGGCUCCCCCGCACGUGGCCCGACCCCGCCCGGGGCCGCCGCUGGCGUCGGACAGACGGAGCCGCCGGUGCGGACGUGUCCGGCCGCCUGUAGCCCCCCGCCCCGCGGUGCCCGGCGCUCCCGCCCGCAGCCCUCUGCCAGCUCUGCCCCCGCGCGGUGCCGGGAAAGCCGUUGUCCUGCCCCGGGGGCAGAGGUUGAAGGCGGCACCUGCCAGCGUCUGCCCGGGAGCACGUAGCCUCCAGCGGCGGGCAGACAUCCCCGGCGUCGGGGCUCCCCCCAGCCCGACGCACGCAGGGAGAACCCGGGGUGGUGGAGCCAGGACACCUGGGUCCUCUGCGGGGCUGUCUCUGGCCCGGCCCCCUGCCUGUCGGGGUGCCUGCGAGCCCAUCCCAAGACCCCCCCACACCGCGCAGGGCUGAGUCUGCCCAUGUGUCCCAGACACCUAGAUUUUGCUCACGUGUGUGUACGUGUCCAGCACACCUUGGUUCUGUGUGUGUCCUGGAUGCCUGGGUUGUGUGUACACAUGUGUGUGCACACAUCCUGGAUGCCUGGCUUCCCUCUGUGUGUGUGUGUGUGUGUCCCGGGCACCUGGGUUCUCUACGGGUCCUCACAUGGGUUCAGAGUGAGGGGCAUUGGCAGGGCUGGAGGCAGGGAGCUACCGGUUGGGAGUGGGGGGGCACCAGCACCUGGGUUCUCAGUGGGGCCCAGACGCCAGAUUUGUGCGUACAUGUGUGUACGUGUAUCCAUUCAUAUGCAUCCUGAUCCUGGAUGCUUGGGUCCCCUGUGUGUGUCUCUCGGAUGCCUGGGUUCUGUGCAUGUCUGUGAGCAUGUGAAUCCCAGCUACAUGCCUCCCCUGUGUGUGUAUGUGCCUGUCCCGGAUGCCUGGGUCCCCCCUGUGUGUAUGCGUGUGUCCUGGACGCCUCCUGGACGCCUGGGUCCCGUGCGUGCGUGCAUGCCAGCCCUGCGGCCUCCCGUGGCCCCCACCUGCUGUGGCCAGGGGCCAGGGCCGACGUGCAGGUCCUGACAGCCUCUUCCCUCGACGGCGCCGGUGCGGGGGAAGCUGCCGCGUCCGGCCCUGUCCGGCCCCGUCCCCGCGCAUUCCAGCCCGUCAACCAUUAACCCCAGCCGGCGCCAGCCACUCACAGCCCGGGGUCCCAGUGCCCCUCACUCCUGACCCGCAGCCCCCUUCGUUUUCUGGUGCCCCUCACUCCUGACCCACAGCCCCCUUCGUUCUCUGGUGCCCCUCACUCCCAACCUGCAGCCCAGUGUCCCUCACUCCCGACCCACAGCCCCCUUCCUUCUCUGGUGCCCCUCACUCCUGACUCACAGCCCCCCCUCAAUUACAGGGAAUCCUGAUGACCGCCCCCCCCCGAGGCCAUGGGGCCCUGAUGGGGGAUGCGGAGCUGGAUAUGGGGAGAUUGGACCCCUUUCACAGAGCACAGGGAGAACCCAGGUGUCCGGGCCUCCAUCACAACCCACCCCAGGCUCCAGGCCAGACCGGGGGGACAACCCCAGCAUCCGGGCUCCCGCCCUCCCCACUCCCCCUGCCAGAGAAGCCAGGCGUCCGGACCAGCCCCGGAAGACUUAGGGCUCUGGACUCUGCUGUCGAUGCUGCUGCUGAUGCCGGGGCCAGUUCAGGCAGGCGCCCCCCGGCCCAUGUGCGACCCCCGUGUGCUGGAGAUGUUCAUCCGCGAAACCCAGGAUGCAGAGAAGGCAGCAGCUGCCUGCGGAGCUGCGUGCGACCUGCCGGACAUCCUGAUGCUGCCUGAAACAAAAGUGAACUUUAAUGAGUGGCAGCAAAUGAGUUGGCCAGCGCGGGUGCAGGAGGUGUGGGGGGGUCAUACCCUCCUGGUUACUGCCCUCUGCCGUGCCCGGGAGCUGGUGACUGAGCCGGGGACACGGGUGACGCUGGAGCGGAUGCACAACGUGGUGCGCGGCGUGGGCCAGAUCCUGCGCAACCAUGAGGCCAAGCCCCCACCCCUGGCCCCGCCCCCAGGCAGCCCUGCCCGCUCUGUGCUCCGCCUCCUGGGGGCUCAGUCCAACUUCCUGCGGGGCAAAGUCUCACUCUUGCUGGCCGAUGCCUGCCGGGGGGGCGGACCUACGUGAGGCCCCGCCCAGCAGAAUCCUACCCCUUGGAGCCAGUGAUUGACAGCUGCCUGGGAUAGAGGGAGCAACUCGUGAUGGACGCCUGUCAAUCAAGCCCAGAGCCUGCGGUGAAGGAUGCUGUCAGCGCCCAGCAUGCAAGGACUGCUGGCAGAGUGACUGAUGGAUGAUUGACAGCUGUCAAUCACACUGCUCCUUCCCAUGCCUGGAUUCCGUGCCCCCCGGACUCCUAGGUUCCCUUGCGGGGAGGCACAGAGACUCCAUGUUUGGUAUUAACUUAAUGUGUAAAAACCCCCCAUAUUUAUCUGUGACAAUAAACAGCCCAGACCCAA